AUGAGGAGGAGGGAAUGGGAAGAUGCAGUAAGGACAGGGAACGGAGCGGAGAAUUUCAUAGAAUGGAUACAGGAAAAAGGGUGGAGUAUUUUGAACGGAGCAACGGAGGGAGAUUGGGAAAGAGAAUUUACGUAUAUAGGACCAAGAGGUAGCACCGUGAUAGAUUAUGUAUGGUUAAUGAUAGGAUGCGUAAAGAUGUUAAUUAAUUUUAAGGUAAGAGAAAGGGUGGACUCAGCAGACCACAUGCCUCUGUGUCUGGAGUUCGAAGGGACAGGUAAAGCAGAAGAAGAGGAACAUCCGGAAGAAGAGGGAGAGGAAAAAGAGACGGAAGCGGAAAUAAUAGUAUGGGAUAGAGAAGCGAUCGAGAGCUUCAAUAAGGCAACGGAAGAAGGAGAGGGAGGAGAGGAGAUACAAGUCACGGUGGAAGGAAGAUGGCAGGAAAUUAAAAACAUAGUCAACAGCGCAAUGGUUAAAAGAAAAGUAAGGAGACGAAAAAAAGGAGUAGGAUACAGAGACUGGUGGGACAGGAACUGUACAAGAAAGAAAAAAGAAGUAAAAAGAAUGCAUAAGAGAUGGAAGUCAGGGAAGGUGGAAAGAGAGGAGUAUAUGCUGGAAAAAGUAAGGUACAAAGAAUUCCUGCAGGAAAAGAUAAAGGAGAAAAGAGAGGAGAAAGAAGAAGAACUGAAGAGAUUAAAAAAGGAAGCGGACGUGUGGAAAUAUAUAAGAGAAGAAAUAAAGGAAAGGAGAGAGGAAGGAGAGAGAGAAAGGGAGGAGCCGCAAGAGGGCUUCUCUCUCAGAGAGGAGGGCUCCUCCUGCACAAAGGAGGAGGAUUUGGAGAGAGAAGAAAUAGGCAGGGCCAUUGGAAGGAUGAAGAAGAAGAAAGCCGCGGGGAUAGAUGGGAUCCCAAUGGAAGCGUGGUUGUAUGCAGGAAGUUUCCUGAGAGAAAAAGUAAUAAGGUUGAUACAACAAGUAUGGAAAGAAGGAGAGAUGCCAGAAGAAUGGAGGAGGAGUAUUAUAGUACCCUUAUAUAAAAAAGGGGACCAAGAGAAAAUGGAAAGCUACAGAGGCAUCUUGUUACUAUGCACGGCGUACAAGGUGUAUGCAGAAAUAAUAAGGAAUAGAUUAGAGAAGGCAGUAGAAAGGAGGAGUCUGUUGUCAGAAGGUCAGGCAGGAUUUAGGAAAGGGAGAUCGACUAUAGACAACAUAUUUGUUCUCAGCCACAUGGCCCAAAGAGAAAUAAGCGAAGGGGGAGAUGGAAAAAAGGGAGAUGUUAUGGAAAAUAAUGAGAAGAAAUGGCUUGGACGAGAAGAUGAUAAGAAGAGUAAAAAGAUGUACGAGGUAACGGAGAUAACAGUGAGGACGAGGUAUGGAACAACAGAGAACUUCUACACAAAGAAGGGCGUAAAACAGGGCUGUGGGGUAGGAGGGGUGAAAAUCGGUGAAGAGAGGAUAUGGAGUCUGAUGUAUGCAGACGACGUAGUUCUAGUUGCGAAUAAUAGGGAAGCUUUGCAGGACAUGAUGGGAACAUUUAAAAGGUGCUUAAGAGAUAGGAAAUUAGAGUUAAGUGCGGAGAAAAUAAAGGUAUUAGUAUUUAACAGGAAAGGAAAGAAAAGGAAAGAAGUGUGGAAAUGGGGAAAUAAAGAAAUAGAGGAGGUAAAUAAGUUUAAGUAUUUAGGCUUCACGUUCAACAGGAAAGGGAACUAUAAGGAACAUAUAAAAGAAUUGAGUAGAAAAGGAAGGUUGGCAGCAAAUAAGGUGUGGGGAUUAGGUGAGAGAUUAGGGAGAAAUGAUUUCAGAAGGAGGUGGACUCUGUUGGGUGGGUCUCGAUAG